AUACUAAAACAUCACAGCACGCAGCGUCGUCGUAUCGUAUACCUCCUCCCUUAACAAAAACUCCCUAAAAAAAUUCGAAGAAAGAAAAGAAAAAGCAAACCCUGGAAGAGAAAACACAAUUACUUGCACUCUCUCUUCUUCUUCUGCAGUAAAACCCUAGCAAUCGAUCCUUACCGUUCCCUCUUCCUUUCCAGAACCUUCGAUUCGAAUCCUCAGAUCCGUUUGCAAGGCUGGCGGGUAUUUGGGUCAAGUAAUGGCGGAUCCGCCAGGUAUCCGCCGCGGCUUUCGAUUAUCCAUCAUAGGGUUAUCACGUUUUCACGAUUGUUUUCGCUGUUGUCAAGAAGAAGAGAACGAAGAAGAAGAAAAGUAAAGCAUGCUGAGCGUGGUGCGCGUGCACCUGCCCUCGGAAAUUCCUAUUGUAGGUUGCGAACUCACACCCUACGUCCUCCUUCGCCGUCCCGAUAAGAGCAUCUCUACCGACGAUGUCCCCGAAACCGCCCCUUUAGACGGCCAUUUCCUCCGUUACAAAUGGUAUCGUGUACAGAGUGAUAAAAAAGUUGCUGUCUGUAGCAUACAUCCAUCAGAGCAAGCCACACUGCAAUGCCUAGGUUGUGUUAAGGCUAAAAUUCCUCUUUCCAAGAGUUACCAUUGCACAACAAAGUGUUUUUCAGAUGCAUGGCAGCAUCAUCGUGUCUUACAUGAUCGUGCUGCAAGUGCUCUUAAUGAAAAUGGAAAUGAGGAGGAAGAGGUAUUUGGACGCUUUAAUAGUACUGGGUCUGGGACCUUAUCUGCUUCUGCUUCAAGUGCUAGCUUGACAAAUGGGUCUGCAACAAAUUUGUAUCCCGCCGCUGUUACACAAAGAAGUGGUGAAACUUGGUUUGAAGUUGGACGAUCUAAGACUUAUACCCCUACUGCUGAUGAUGUUGGUCAUGUCCUUAAGUUCGAGUGUGUUGUAGUUGAUGCAGAGACAAAAUUGCCUGCGGGGCCUGUUAACACUAUACUAACUUCACGUGUCAUUCCUGCUCCAUCACCUAUUCCUCGCCGGCAGAUACGUGUUGAUGGAGUAGGGCAUUUAGAUGUUGAUGCGAGAAUGACAAGUUCAGGAACUUUUACUGUUUUAUCCUACAAUAUAUUGUCUGAAGCAUAUGCCUCAAGUGAUCUAUACAAUUACUGCCCUUCUUGGGCACUUUCUUGGCCAUACCGCCGGCAAAAUUUGUUACGAGAAAUUGUUGGUUACCGUGCAGACAUUAUCUGUCUUCAGGAGGUUCAAAGCGAUCAUUAUGAUGAAUUUUUUUCUCCUGAACUGGACAAACAUGGCUAUUAUGGUCUUUACAAGAGAAAAACCAAUGAGGUGUACAGUAGCAACACCAAUACAAUUGAUGGUUGUGCAACAUUUUUUCGCAGAGACAGAUUUUCACAUGUGAAGAAAUAUGAGGUUGAAUUUAACAAAGCUGCACAGUCUUUGACAGAGGCUACAAUUCCAACCACUCAGAAAAAAAGUGCCUUGAACAGACUGGUUAAGGAUAAUGUUGCACUAAUUGUGGUUCUAGAAGCAAAAGUUAACAAUCAACCUUUUGAUAAUCCUGGGAAAAGACAGCUUCUGUGUGUGGCAAAUACACAUGUAAACGUGCCCCAAGAUUUAAAGGAUGUGAAACUCUGGCAGGUUCACACUCUCUUGAAAGGGUUGGAGAAAAUAGCUGCAAGCGCAGACAUUCCAAUGUUGGUCUGUGGAGAUUUUAAUUCAGUUCCGGGAAGUGCUCCUCAUGCACUUCUUGCAAUGGGGAAGGUAGAUCCUUCACAUCCUGAUUUAGCAGUUGACCCACUUAACAUUUUACGUCCUCACAGCAAGUUGGUUCAUCAGUUACCACUGGUCAGUGCAUACUCAUCUUUUGCGAGAACAGUCAGCCUUGGAUAUGAUCACCAUAAAAGAAGACUGGACGGUGGAACAAAUGAACCUUUAUUCACAAAUGUCACUAGAGAUUUUAUUGGCACUCUAGAUUACAUAUUUUACACAGCGGAUUCUUUGGUUGUGGAGUCAUUAUUGGAGUUACUGGACGAGGAGAGUUUGAGGAAGGACACUGCACUUCCUUCACCUGAAUGGUCCUCAGAUCACAUAGCUCUCUUAGCUGAGUUCCGCUGCUGCAAGAAUAAAUCUAGGCGUUGACGCUUAAGGUCAGUUUCAGAGAUACAUAAAGAAAAAGGCUCAAAGAAGCAUUUGGUUGGUAAGUUUUUUGUAAAAAUGGUAGAUCAUGCCUGUCUUUUUCAGGUAUCUCCAUGUGGGGAUCAUUGCAAUGAUCUGCUAUGUAUCAUCAUGUCACCUUUAUCUCAUAGAAAAAAAUUAUGAUUUUCUGCCUUA